AUUCCCCAGCCCCGUCGAGUUAGGUCGCCAUCAUGAGCGGCCAAGUCGAUGCGCUUUAUAUUUAUGAUGAGCAGACCAAUCCGAUCGUCGAACAGGUCUACCGCUCCCGUCCGCCCUCCGCACCAGUAAUUCGCUCUCUCUUUCUCGCUCAUGCGGCCCCUCGCCCCUCAGUGCUGUAUCUGCCCGGUGCGACUCCACCGGUGACCGUCUUUUCCAUCGUCCAGUCGAAUCUCACCUUCAUCGCAGUCUCCGAGGUUGACUCGGAAGCGCUGCUGGUGCUGGAGUUUCUACAUCGAGUCGUCGAUGUCCUCGAGGAGUUCGUUGGGGCGCCAUUGCUCUCAACAAAGCUACAGGCCAACUACGAUGUGGUCGCGCAGCUACUUUACGAGAUGUGCGAUGGCGGCAUCGUGUGCAACACCGAGCCCAACAUGUUGCAGGAGGUGGUUGAAAUGCCAGGAUGGAUGGGGAAACUCUUGGGCGGGGUUGGGUUGGCUGGUUCAUCCACACCAAUCCUGGGCCAGCCCAACGCAUUGAAGCAAUCUUUGUCGUCCGCCGCCGCAGCACAAGGUCCCGCGAUACCUUGGCGGAAAUCUGGUGUUCGUCAUACCUCAAACGAGAUAUAUGUUGACAUAAUCGAGUCUUUGUCGGUCACUAUCGCCCCGUCCGGUCGUCUGCUAUCUGCUUUGGCCUCCGGCACCAUCGCCUUUACUGCGAAGGUCUCCGGUGUCCCAGAUCUCCUUCUCUCCUUAACGGCACCCGGCGGCCAGAAAGUCUUGGGGCGGAAGCUGGAGCUUCCUGUCUUCCACCCCUGUGUGCGAUUAGCGCGAUGGCGGGAACGGCCGGGGGAGCUCAGUUUUGUUCCACCGGACGGUCGAUUCAUCCUCGCCGGGUAUGAGGUAGAUCUCCUGCCGCUUGACCCCAACCUUGACCAACCUCCCACCCACAUGGAGAAGCUUUUCCUGCCGGCUAUCGUGGAUGUUCGCAAGUCUCUCGGCCCAACAGGCGCCGAGUUCGAAGUGCGCCUGAUUCUCAACACCAACUUUCCGGGCUACACAUCCGCCAACCGGCCCGGAGUCGGGCGCAGUGGGUCAGGGACAUCGACCCCCUCGUUCCUCGGAGGGGGCGGGAACUCCGCGGCACCUGCCUUGGAAGAGGUCGUUGUUACGGUUCCCAUCCCCAAGUCGGUCCGGAAUAUCACAGAGAUGCAAGCCAGCCGCGGAGAGGCCUUGUACUCUCCGGGGAGCGAGGUGCUCGAAUGGCGAAUCCCGACCAAAGACGCCGGUACUGUCUCCGGCACCGCGACCUUGCGGUGUAGCGUGGUUGGUCAUUACGAUGAGGACGAUGCCGAAGACGAGUUGGAAGAUGCAGACGCCAACCUUCUCCAGGGCUACUAUGACCCAACCACGGCAUAUCAGGACCCGGAAACGGGCACCACAAAACGGAAGACCAAGAAAAAGAAGAAGAAGAAGGUUGUCAAGAAAUCCUCUCGCGCAGCCGCGGCGGCUGCAGCAGAGGCCGAAGCACCAGCUUCUCCUGCCGCCGACCCCAACAACCUCCUGGACGCCGAACAACCCCAACCCUACCCCUCCUCCGACCCCUCCCAGCCGUCAACUCCAGCUCCUCCAGCUCCUUCACAACCAUCAACACUCCUCCCUGAAGCCGAAGGGGAAACACAACAUACUACCCCAGAAACGGGUGCCGAGCCCGAAACCGAACCCCGCCACGCCCGUCCAGAAAAGCUCCGCUCCAACUCCUCCCCCAAACCCUCCAAAGACCGCCAGCCAGCCAACAUAUUCCACACCGCCCCCCGCAAGACCAAGACCCAACUCAACGCCAUCCUCAUGCCCACCUCCGCCUCCGUCUCCUUCUCCGUGCGCGGCUGGCUCCCCUCCGGCCUCAAAGUCGACAGCCUCAACAUCGACCCGCGGAAAAGCCGCGGCCUGGGCGAAGGCGUCAAACCAUACAAGGGGGUGAAGUACCUAUGCGUAAGUCAAAAGGGCGUGGAGAGGCGGUGUUAGCGGGCCCCAGGCCCCGGGAUUUGAGGGAACAAUUCAUCCCACAUCCUCCGCUCCCUGUGGGAUGCAUUACACACACAUUGCGCACUUCCACCCUCCGAACAUCGCGAAACAUAACCUAACCUACAUUGGAACGGCCUAGCUACCCUGUCACGACCACUUCACUGUAUAUGGUCGGGUUGCCUAUCUAUCCCCACCCCACAAUUUCUCCUUUUUUUUUUUGCUUACCCCUUGUUCACAUCUUCUCAAGUCUUUUCCCGCCAUCUCUUUCCAAAUUUCUGGCUCAUAGACCAUUUGCUCCAAAAACCUAGGAAUUGUUGGUGGAACGCGAUGGGUUUGCUUUUUUCUUGAUGACGCCCAAUACUACCACUAACUAUCUUGAUAAGGGAUGGAGAUGUGACGUGACAUGCAAUGAUGAUAAAUAGACAUUUGAAUCCACCGGAUGCAGAAACACCG